CGUCCAUUGGACAGAUGACGGCAAGUCCUUUGUUAUCGAGAAGCUAACCGAGUUUUGUGAGGUUGUCCUCCCGUCGGUCUUUCGGCACAACAACUUCUCGUCCUUCCUCCGUCAGCUCUCGUUCUACUCAUUCCGGCGCGAGGCGAACAACACAUACUCGCAUCCGCACUUUUUCCGCGAUGGCGCAGCCGAGCUGGCCAAUGUCAAGCGCAAGGCCUUUGACAAGAAGAGCAGCAAGAAGCGAAACAAGGCCCGCGACGAGCAGGCUAAAGAGAUCGAGAUGAUGCAAGCCAAGCAGCAGGAGCUCGAGGCCGAGAUCGCCAACCUCAAGAAACAGCUGGCCCAUUCCCAGGUGAGCACGAGCACAACGGCCAGGGCGACCAACUCGGACACCGUCACUGCGCUUCACGACUCGAACAAGGUCAUGUGGAGCGAGAUCCGCAAGCUGCAGAAGGAAUCGGCGCUGAUGCGGUCGGUGGCGGUCGUCACCGCCACCUUUCUUGCUGCUGUGUUCAAGGGCCAGAACCCGCUCCGUGCCGCAGUCACCGCCGGUGAAGUCGCCAUGGGGAGAAACUCGAGUGCGUUGCUCUCGCCGCGGACUGGUGCUGCCCUCGCCAGCAAUUCGAUGGUGUCACUCCCACUGACUUCAGCCAUCUCCUCGCUCGUCGACUCGAUCCUCCCGUCCGAGUCGAGUAAGAACUCGUCAGACCGCAUGGCGACGGCAAAGGGCUCGUCCAUCGACGAGCUCGAUGACUCGCCGCAGCUGGAGAACGAGAUGUCAGUGCCUAAGGCCGGCACGGGCUCAUCCGAGUCGUCUUCACCCGGCGGGCCGUCGCCCACCGGCAAGCACGACGCCGACAACGAAUUGGACCUCGUAGUCGACGUCGGGAUGCCUAGCCCAUCCCGUGACGCGAAGACUCCGAUCUCGUUGCCGUCUGCCAUGGCGCCACCGCCGUCAACCUCGGAUUCGUUGCUCUCUGAUGACGUGGCCGAGCUGCUGACCUCGGACGUUAUGAACAUGGUGGUUGCUGAUCCUGCUGCGCUCGCCACCCUCUCGCCGUUUAUCCAGACGCCGGCGCUGUUUGGCGAUUCCAACCUUUCCGGUCUCUCGCCGAUUGAGCUCGGCGACCCGCUCGCUGGUGCCGCGCCGGGCGCGAUGCUGCCGGCCGACGGCAACGCACCGCUAUCGCUUCCAUCGCCGUCGGUGCUGGGCACCAUGUCCAACAGCGUGCCUUUCAUGUCGCCGCCCUCGACCGGAGGUGUCUCACACGUGCGGCCGCCGGCCGAUAACGAGCCGCCGGCCAAGCGAGCCAAGGCGCUCAACGCCGAAGCUGUCACCCGCGACAAGCACUCCUCCUCGCAGUGGAGCCAGCUCCAACAGGAGGCUAUUGUGCGGCUGACCAACCACCUCCUCACCAAGAUCGCCGACGAGAUCGAGAACCGCGGCGGGGUCCGCGGCGUCGUUGGCCCGGGCGACGCCGGCGUCAUUACUCCGGACAUGCUCCGCUCCAUCCCAAACUCGCAAGAGUUCUCGAGCUGCAUGACCGACCGGCCGCUCGCCUUCCUCCUGUCCAUUAUCACAUGGCUCGGCACUUUUCUCAAGCAGUAA